AUGGAUGGUGAUAUAAAAAUUAAAUCAGAAUAUGACCACUACAAAGACAUUCAGUCUAAUGAGGUUGAAGAAGAUGCAGAAGAGGAGCUUCCACAUGCAGAGGUUGUGGACAUAUUCCAGGAAGGCUUAGCAAUGUUGGUGCAGGAUCCUUUACUAUGUGACUUACCAAUACAGGUCACACUGGAAGAAAUAAAUUCACAAAUUGCACUUGAAUUUGGCCAAGCCAUGACUGUUAAUGUUUGUAAAGCUGACAAAGAUAUAAUGCCUGUUGUUGUUGUUCAAAAUGCCACAGUUCUGGAUUUGAAAAGAGCUAUACAGAGAUAUCCAGCUAAAACACCAGCGUGAAGGUGGAAUACAGCAUGUUAGUUGGAAAUAUGUAUGGAGAACGUACUAUUUGUCUUUUGCUGGGGGGAGAAGCUUGAUCAGGAUGAGAAAAAGCCUUCGUGAGUAUGGCAUUAAAAACAGAGAUGAGGUGUGUUUUGUUAAGAGGCUGAGAAAUAAAUAG